GACAUGCUGAUGCCGGGUGGACUGGGAGCGGACGCGGCAGACGGCCUGGUGUCAGGGCUGGGCGGCGCGCUGUCGCUGUCAUCGGCGCAACAGAAGGACACAACGUGGACCAAGCUGUUCGUGGGCGGCCUGCCGUAUCACACCACCGACAAGUCGCUGCGAGAGCACUUUGCCGUGUAUGGCGACAUCGAGGAGGCUGUCGUCAUCACGGACCGGCAGACUGGCAAGAGCCGCGGUUACGGCUUCGUGAUAAUGGGCGACCGGCCAGCGGCGGAGCGUGCCUGCAAGGACCCCAACCCCAUCAUAGACGGCCGCAAGGCCAAUGUGAAUCUUGCCAUCCUGGGGGCAAAGCCGCGGGGGAACAUCCAGCCGGGUUUCUCGUUUGCGGGUAUCAGAGCCGGCUACCCCACCGUGCUACCCAGCCAGUAUAGUGUCCCGCCCGGCUACGUGUACCCGUCGCCCUACCUGGCGGCCACGCCUGGGGGCAUCGUGCCGCUGCCGCCAGCGCCCUUAUCGCACGCCGUAGCCGCCGCCGCCGCCGCAGCAGCCGCCGCCAACUCGCAGUACUACGAGUACCCGAGCGCGGCGUCGCUAGCCGCCGCUGUCUCCUACCCUGGCCAGUACCCCAACGGCUUUGACACCUACCCGUACACCACUGCUGCGGGUGCUGCGAGCUACAUGACACCCUACACAUACGCCACGCUGCCGCAGACUGCAGGGCUGCCAACCACCGCCGGCGGGUUCCCUGGACUCUCGCCCUACCAAACUGCGGCCCAGGCAACCCUGCAAGAGGCGCGCAUGCAGUAGUGCAAAGCCGUUUCUUAAAAUUAAUUUUUUGUCAUCAGUUUUUAGUGCAGUGAAGUUUCAAAACCAGCUGCGGCACGUUGUUAGGAAAAAAUGUAGUUUAGCCAUAAAUUGCCAACUAAUUGGCUAGACAGAGUAUUUUCUACGUCCUGAAAUGGUAAUAAUUUUGUAACCCUUGAUAUUUUAUGUUACCUACACCGAAAGUAAAGGCUAAAUACUUGCGGUUAGUUCUGUGUUAAUUUAAUGGCUCCAUUAAAGUAGGAUUAUCGUAAGAAUGAUUAUAUUAUCAUCUUCGUCUACACCCUGUUGUCAACUUAAAUUUUUUUUUAUAAUCUAAUAGAACUUGGUUUAAAACAUGUGAGAUUUCUAUGUUAGAAUGUAAAGAUUUUUAUUUAUUUAUACUAGUGGUAGUAAAAAACAAUUAGUGUAAUGAUUGCAGUAAAAAAGUUAUCUUUAACAAAUGUAACAGUAUUGUAAUGUAUACAUUGGACUGUUAGCGAUGUAAAAAAUUAAUAUAUGAAGUGUACAGAAUUAUUGUGGUUACUAGUCUUAAGAAUAUGUGUACAGUAUUUGAAGUCAUAGCCCAUUUAUUUUAAGGGCAAACACUAUAUUAUCAACAGUGAGCGGCUGUGUAAAGAGCCCUAGUGGAGUCUAGAUGAAUGUUAAGAAUGUUUAUCUAAAUAAUUUGAUAAAAAAAAAAUUAUUGGUACCAGAGUAUACGCUGAAGUGAAACGUUUCAUUAUUGUAUCUUUUUGAGUACCAUAAAAAGUUACCUUUCUAUCUACAGACGGUAAUGUGGUAAAUGGAUGUAUGGGUAAUAUGACUAAAUACAUAAAAAAUAAUCACAUAAUAAUGAUUACACUUAAUUAUCUUCGUUGAGUUUAUUGAAAAUACUAAUAACGCUUGCUAUGGGAUAUGUUACGUAUUCAAAACAAUUCGUAAGUGAUCAUUUUGUCUUGAAAGCAUCAAGAGAGAGAUGGUAGGAAAGAAGUGUGCAAGCAGGAAGUUUCAUUUUGUCCUAUGGUUAGGCUUUUAUCAAAGGCGAGUUUCAUAUUCUAGCGAAAUAAUUAAGUUGAUAGCUGUAGUUAAAUAUUGUUUUUAAAACAGAACUCUUAAGCUCACAUUUUGUUGAUAUGAUGCACUCUCCAGGAAAUAAUAUUCAAGUUGUCUUCAGUGAGUUGCAUUGAACAAGUAGGAAAGCAUAAAAUAAAUAUUAAAAAAAAUUAUAAUUAAAUUAAUUUACUCAAAAAUGGUAUUUUCCCAUAAAAUUUUCUACCGACUAUUUUUAUACCCAAGUCUAUUAUUUAUGUUAUAGGAGACACAUCAUACUCUGUAUCAAGGGCUUUAAUAUUUUCACUUGUAAGUGUGUUUAAUUUAACUUUAUUAUCUUAACUUUUAAGGCACUUCGAAUGACUACUGUGUACAAGAAGCCUUCUCACAUCACAUUUUGCUCAGGGAUAAGUUUUCCAUCAUUAUUACGAAUUUAAAAAAAAAGAGCGAUCUUUCUGCCACUUUAAAAUAUUUACAUACCUGUUUUCAGAUAAUUUUAUAUAUGAAUAAGUAGCACAUCUUUAAUAAGUAUUUAUAUUACCUUAACUAUCAUUUAAAAUAAAGAGGGCCUAAACAUUAAUAUCUCUAAUUUAAAAAUUCUAGGAUUUUCAUAUACUGUAUACUUAUUACUACCAAUCUCAGUAGAAACUUGUAUUAAAACUACUAAUAUUUAUUGUAGUUUAUUACUAAACCAUACCAUUAAGAAAAUUAUAAGAAGAUAAUAAAAAUGAAGAAAAUUUAAAAGUUGUAAAUAAAAAAAAAGAACUGGACGUUUUAUUUAUACAAUAGAUUUUUGGAUUUUACUUCGUGAUGCUUAAUUUUUGGUUUAAAAGUUUUACCAUUGAACACAUUUUUCAUAUGUUCCUGUGCAGAUGAUUUCAGACAACAGCCCUUAUUAUGGUAAAGGUGUGGAAGUCAAUUUAAUAAUUAAUUGUGAAAGUCUGUCUCCAGAGUAUUGAGGACUCGCAAAAGUUAAAUAUCUUUAUUUAGCAUGAAUAGACAAUGAAAUUUACGUCCGUCACCAAGACUGAUUAAGUGGAGUCUUUUUAUUAUUGGUUUAUAUGUUUUUAGCAUCCCAAAUCGUUAAUAUUUCUUACACAAGUAUUCUGAUUAAUUUUUAUUAUUUAUAUAUAAAUUUGAAUCAUACAUCUGUACAAAUGUUACUGGAGGAAGGAAUCGGCCGGGCAUAUAGUUACGAAUUAUCCUAGAAUUUGCCUGGAAAGAAUUCAUGAAACUUUUGAAAGCUAAUUUAGGAUGCUUGACUGGGAAUUUAACCCGGGUGUUCUGGAAAGCAAGGUAAGUGUCGUAUUUCGUACGUGAUGUCCCUAUGAACAUAAGCUACAAUAAUUGUAAUUAGGGUAUGUAAGUGAAUUAACAAAAAGGUGUUUUUUCUAAAGUACUGAUUUUUCAUUAUCUUGGUUACGAAUGUUUUUUCUUCUAAUUACUAGUUUUGAAACUAAAUGGUGAAAAUAUAUGGGAGAUUAUUUGUAGAGACGUUUUCAGCCCGUACAUGUGUCUGGUCAUAUUAAUAUUCAUCAUAUUAUAAAAACCUACUAACAGUUUAAUAAUAAGUACAAAAAAGCCCAUUGACUUUAUAGCUACUUUUCCAAAUAUUAGUAUUUUUAUGGGAAAUGUUUGCAAGGAACUGUUGAGCAUUACAGGGGACUGUUGCAAAUACUUCAAAACAACAUAAUACACUAUGAUAAUAAUUUAUUAUCAUAUGCUACAUAGGAUCUACAUUCCUAUAACUAUACUGCUUCAGUUUCGAGCAAUAAUAAACUAAAAUUAAACCUAACUUGUGAAAUAUCUUAAACAAAAAAGGAAAAUUUUCAAAAUUAAAACUAAGUAGCCUACAGUUAAAAUUUUAAACUUAACCAGAGCUAAACUUCUAAGUAGAAUACUCAAAACUAAUGAGGCACUCGAAUAACAUUCUUUAACUUUUUAGUCUUAGCUAGUACUUUUUGGUAAGUAAUUUUUCGUAACAGCUCCCUAGGUAGGUAUUAUAAUUUCAAAUAUAGAGAUCUUUAACAUAAAUAAGUACACUUUUUAUCAUAAAUGUAAAUACGGCACGUAAAAUCACAGAAGGUCGGUACCAUAGUAAUAAAAUAUUACUAAUUAAAUAUUUUUUUCUUAAAACGAGAGAACUAACGCUCAAAACAUUUACUAAUAAUAGGAAUUCUUAAAAUAUUUUCUUUCCCUUAAGUAUUAUAUCUGGAUUCUCUUCUUCAUAAAUUUCCUUAAUCACAGCAGCAUAUCGAUACUCUACACUUUUUGCUGGGAAUCUCGCCAGAACAUAGUCUCCAGCAUUAUAUUAUGACUGCUUUUGGGCACUGGGUCCAGUUUUAGCAUAAUUUUCUUUCAGUGCUUCAGUUAGCAUGUUUGGCAUAACUUCAGAUAAAUUAAUAUCAUCUUCUGGUUCUGAUUCGAUUAACAUUUCAUCCACAUUCUAUCUGGGUUUUGGGUCAUAGGUAAUAUAGCCUAUUUUUAAAUGCUCACAAGUGUCGCUGUUACAAAAGCAGCUGAGACUUCUCAUCUUUAGAGUUGUACAGCUAGUUCGACCUAGGAUAGAGUUUGAAAAUACACCUUUUACUUGAUGCACAUUCAAAGUACCUUUUAAACUCUUCUGUUUCGUUGCCUCAUUUUCAAUUUGGUCGAUCAUUUUCUGGAUGACUUGACUGACAAUUGUGAUGCAUGCAUAAUGCUAGGGCAUCGUUCUUGGAUAGAAUGUAUGAAUUGCUUGAUAUUAAUAAUAUCACCACCGGCGUUUACAGCAAAAUCUGAAAUUCUUUUGCAUGUUGCUCCGACACCGUCUGGUGCACCCUUUCCAUGCCCACUCUCUGUAUGAUUCCAUGUAAAUGCCUCUACAUCUGGAAUUUCUUCAGAGAGCUUAAUCGCCAUUAUAAAGAACAUCGUUUUGUUACGUUACUGCAUAAUGGGGCCAUCGCUCAAGAAGUGUAUGUGCCUAAUUACAUCUGGAAGAUCUUUAAAGAUUGGUUUUAGACGUUCCCAACUGGCAGCAGGUGAAUGGGCUAUGUUCUUAGAGACUGUACAAUACUAUAGUAUUGAUCCUAAUUGAAAAUCACUACUGUAUGUAGGCUUAGCUGAGCUCUUGAUCCAUCGAAAUGAAAUGCUUUUAUCUCUUCUGAAUAUUAUGUGCAAUAAUUUUCUCUGAAAUCCAUGUCAAUAAGGACAUCCUCAUCUUGAAGAUUUAUUUUUAAAUACUUUAUGGCAUUAAACUGUUAAACAACAUUCCUUUCAUGGGCAACGAAUUUUUCAAAAUCUUCAUGCAAUUGUAUUAUAAAUUGACGUGGACGAACGUUAAAAGAUUUUUUCAAAUAUUUGUCACUGUUCUUGGCUUUUUGGUUUUUAGAUAUUGAAUCUCUUGCCUCGCAACAAUUCAAAUUUUGUAUUUCAUGACUUUUCUGUUAUCAAACUUUUUAUAUAUAGGAGUCCUAUUCGUGCACGUCAUACAACAUCUCAAUAAACAUUAUAUGCUAUAUCGAUCGCAAAAUAAAUCUUCUGGUUACUUUUGGUGAUUAUAGUAAGGUAAUAUUUUUGCCUCUUACAAAACGCUAAACUUUAUUUUCAGGUUACUGUUGACUUAACAUAGGCAUGUAUCACAAUUAUGACCAUUAGGCUUGACUACCCAGAACAGACAUAAUCAACAUAAUGUUUGAUAGCUAAUUUUAAAUUAUCGGCCAAAAAUGUUUUGUAUACAUUGCACAUUUUAUCAAGCAGAUAAUUUUUUUUUGCUUUCUUAUCUUAUUUUUAGUAAUGAAUUCCUUUUUACAUGCUCCCAUACGGCUGUAACUAUCGUCUUUAUAAAACUUCUGAAACACCUGUUACACCCGUUUAGGUAAUCUCAUUUGUCGUAAUUUAGGUACGGAUUAAGUAUUUUACGACUCUGAUUUCAUUGUCUCUCUAUAAAUAACAGCACUAUCUUUAGGUAUCCAAUGCCUAUACUUUAAGAUGAUCUAUCCAGACACAGCUUUUGUAAAUAUUCGUUUAUCUUCGAUACAUUUUAGCCUCGAUUAAUUGUUUUGAGCUGUUUAUUAAGGACGUCACCAAAUGUCUUCUUGGCCACUUUUUCUCCACCAUCAGGUUUUUUAACAUUAUCUGCAUUUUAGUAUUCGGUAUAUCUUCAGUAAUCUUUCUGGUUAUGGCUUCAAGUCUAGCCAAUCUUUCCUGUUCUUCUCAAGCCUUUUUUGCAAAACUGCAAUUCUUUAAUUUUUCUCUUUGUUUUUUUUUUUUCUUUUUUGCCUCUCUUCUUCGCUGCAUAAUUGCACUAGUGACUGUGGGACUUGGGAGCUGGAAGAUGCUGUAUUGGAACUGACGUAAUGCGUCCUCAAGCUGAUGUGAGACGUUCAGAAUCUGAGGAAAAUUUGUUUUCACCUUGUAAGUUGUUGGUAUUACUGUCUAGUUGAUUUUUUUUCCCCGGUAAACAGCACAUUGUUUUUUUCCAAUUCUUGAGGGCAGCUCUGUGCUCACGUGGAGUCAUAUCUUUGGCAAUUUUUCUCUGACUUUCUUUUUUUUUUAUCUGGAAUUUUAAACUCUCCUUUUCUUUCAUCUCUUCCCUCUUUUGAUGAUUAUUUCUUUCUAUGUUGGUACCUUGGACGGUCCACGUCUCUCUUUUUCUGUAAUAAUUCUUUACUGGAAAACUUUUGCAACAAAUUAUUAUGACUAUCAGGUACUAAUAACUAAAUCAACUUCAAAAGAGAGACUGUUGUCAAAUCUACAGUUCCCUGGAAUGAAAGACAGCCCUCUGCCAAAUUACAAUGCAUGGGACUGUUGUCAAGGGACUGUGUAUUUUGAAUAUGUCGUGAAAUAUCAAGCUUACUUUUGCAAUGUAUUUAAAUUUGUGAGAUCUCGAUAAAAACGUACGAAUCUCAUUAUAAAAUUAUAUAGAACAUGUCCAACUUCACAAAUAAAAUAUAAAUAAAAUAAUUACCAGUGGACUGUAUGUCGUAAUAACCCCGGCAUGUGCUCCCAACACAAACGAUGCACUGGCACUAAAUAAAACGGCGGCACAGCGCCAAUAGCACUACUGACAUGAACUUCAGCAUAUUUACGUUCAGUAUACGAAGGACAACAUGAAAAGGCAGAGUGGAAAAUUUUAUUUUUGGUGUAUAAUUUUUGGCAGGGUACUGUGCUUAAAAAGCCCAGACAAGUUAUGUUCAAAUCAAUGAAAUGUAACAAGCGAUUUAGUUCAAAAGAAAGUUAGUUAAUUAACUGUGUUUAAAAAUAUUACGCAACUAAGUUCAGUAUUAUAAACAAAUAUCUUAAAAUAAAACCUCAAAGUGUUAAUUUUGGAAAUGUGACUGUUUUUAUGCUGGUCUGGUAACUUUUGAUUAGAAACUAUAAUUUAUACAGUUGUAACUUCAACUGCACUAAAAAGGAAUAUUCCUAUUCUUGCGUUCUAAGAUAUUUUAAGUUAUGAUACAGCAAUACGUAUUGAAAAGGUGGUUAGAACAGCCAUUUAUGUGUUUACAGAGAAUCACCCAUAUAACUUACAACUAGAGGCAACGUCAUUCACUACUACAUUUUGAGAGAAUCGUAAAAGGAAUUAUUAACACGAUAUUUCUUCAGGAUAAAUUUGAUAACUAAACAAUAUAAUAGAUAUUACUAAGCUAGUGAAUGGUGGCAUAAAGUAUAGUUUUCCUGCUUGUAACUUUUCUCCUUCUAAGCCAUUUUAACUUGAUUAUCAAACUUGGUUUUCAUUGCAAACGUUUACUGUAAAACUUUUUUUUACAAAUUACGUUGAAAGAUAUGUUUUUUAUAAAAAAAAUGGGUAGAGACCUUAUUAAAGCGCUAGUAAUCAUAUUCAAACACACAUCACUAAGUGUAAUAAUUAUAAGGAACGUUUUAAACUGUGCAAUUUGUGCAUUUAGCACCAAAUGACCAAUAAGAUUUUUUUAAAUUCAUCAGUACUCGUAGAUACUCAAAUAUCUUUAUCAACAAUAUAAUGAAAAAAUUACAUACAUAUUUUCAACAUAAGGAGAGGGUAUGUACAAAUAAGGAAAUUUCGAAAUCAAAUAGAACGGAUUUUCACCAUUUGAUGCAUAGCGCAUUGAACUUAAAAUGUAAGCGAUAUUGCUGAGAAAAGUAUAACAGCCGCUUAAAAAUGUUUGUGAUGUUCCAUUUUCUUGCCACACAUCAGUAACUUAAAUGGCAGACGAAGAAGUGGCAUAUUCUCACAUAAGCACAUAUACUAUGCGGUAAGUUUUACAAAGACAUAUCAUUUUUUUAGAAAAAUUAAAAUUUGAAGUAGUAUUAAUUCAUACAACCCUAUAUAUGUCAAACCAUAAUAUUAACUUGUUAGUGACCAUCAAAAGAUGGUUAAAUGAUAUGGCUCCAAAAGUUGCAAAAGUCAUGUUAGUUAUAAAUGAUUAAAUGUGUAUCUUUAUAUCCUGUUUUUAAUCUUACACGAUUUUAUGUCGAUUUAAAUGCACAACGAAUAUUCCUUCUGUGUUUAGAAAGAAAAUCUGAGAAUGUCUGCUUUCAAAGCAACAUAAACAUAGCAGCGCAUGUUUUGUUAUUUAAGAUUUGAUUGUUAAUGUCUCUUUGGCAAUUAAUAUAACUAACUUAAUAACUUUAAAAUUUCAAAAUUAUGGAAACACUUUUUCACAAGGAUACCAAUAUCAAAAAAAAAGAAUCCAUAUUUAUGUUUAUCAUCAAUAGAUUUAUUAUUGAUGUCAAUAUAGUUGUAAAUGAAAUUCUGAAAGAAAAUUUGAGUUCUAGAUGGUUGUACAAAUAAAAACAGCCAGUUUUGGAAUACAAAUAUAAAAUGCAAAUAUUGUUAGUGUAGUAAAGUAAUUAAUUAUCAUGAUGAAUGCCAUUAUUACAGUAAAUAUUUUUUUGAGAAAGAAUGUUCCUUUCAGAAUAAAGCAUUCCUAUUUUUUGAUCUAUGAAAAAUUAUUGCAAAUAUUUUAAAUAAAUUUUCUUGAGAGUUUAUUUCUGUAAACAUUUGCUUAGUAAUUUUUAGCAAUAUGUAGAGACACCUAUAUUUCGCGAUUUCAUUUCAUGUCAAGGUAUUUCACAAAACACUGUAGCUUUUUCUAAGAGUCAUGGCAAAUUGUGAGGGUGCAGCAGUACGGUGACCACAUUCUCAUUGGCCCCGUCAAUAGCGGGACGACACCUCUCACCGACCUCAGCCAAUAACCACAGGAGAAAAGCUACAGUAUUUUGUGAAAUACCUUGACACGAAAUGAAAUCGCGAAAUACAGGUGUCCCUAGCAAUAUGUGAUCAUAAAAAAUUGGAUAUUUUUUUUAUUUUAUUUUCCAAUACAAACUCUUGUGUUCUAAUAUUAAACAAUAAUGUAUAUUUUUUUAAACCAUGACUUUUUGUGACUUCUUGAAGUAUCUGAGAAAAACAAAUUAACUUUCUGAUGUGAAGUAAAGAAAUAGUUAAUGCUAUAAUGACCAAUUCCUUAGUUGUGCAUCACUUUCCCAGGGAUCAACAAUAGUCAUUAAGCUGCUACAGCUAGGAUGUGUGUGUGUGUUAUGCUAGACUUAGGUAGAUAAUACACUAGGUGUGCUAUUGCAUAUCCAGCCACCAAGCCUGAUGCUUAGAAUUACUGACUAUAUCAUAUGUACUGAUACUUGUCUUCUGUGCAAGAGAUCACUAAUGUCUUAUGGUUUGCUGUCAGAAAUGUCAAAUUCAGCUGCUGUAAACAAAUCCAUGUGGAUUUUUCACUAGUGGUAUGCUACCUGACAUGAUUUUAUUUGAAAUUUUUUAGGACAUUUUUAACUUAGGGAGUAAUGAAAUAUUAAACACUAAUUGCAUUGAAAAUUGACCCUGCUAUGUGACACAAAAUUGUAUAAUCUGAAUGAUGAAUGAGGAUCAAACUGUUGCUGCCAUGGGGAAAAGUUUUUACCUGGUCUAUAUCAAUAUUUGGCCUAUUCUUAGAAUAGGUCCUGUGUCAUUUGCAGCAUCCGUCCAAUGACACCAUCCCCACUUUGAGGAAUACUUGGCUGUAAGUUUUGAGCAGCCGUAUGUAUUCCAAGACGUGGAGCAGUAGUUGCUGCAGAAUGAUGUGUAUGCUGUAAUCUGGACAACGGUAAAGUGUGCCUAUAGUAUUAUGUGCUUUCAAAGUGAUUUAUAUGAAUGGUAACAUGUAAUGUGUGUGCAACCAUCUGAACCGUCCAGUGCGAGGCCUUAUUAAAGUAAUGAAAGAAAUUUAAUUUACAAAAUGGUAAUCCAUGCAUAUAUUUUGAAAUAUUUUGUAAAGUAAUAAAAACUUGGGCUCAAACAGUUUUUAUAUUAGUACAGUGUGUGAAAAUACAUUAGAAAAUUUGGAAACAUUAUGCUUUAAAAUGUUUCAUUAGAGUGUAAUGUAUAUUUUAGAGGAAAAACUAGAAGGCACUUUAUGUGUAAGAAUGAAAUUUAUGUUCAUAAAAUACUAUGUAAGCUUAUUUUUUCUGUUUAUUAUAACUGGCAAACAAGAAGUUAUUCAUGUUACUUGUAAGCAUAAUUUUACAGAGGCAGUUUAUUGUAAUAACUCAAUGUAGGUUUUUCUUAUAUUUUGCUGUUGCAAUUUCCAUUAACGGAUUGCUCCACCAACCCCAUCUACCAUCCUUUCACAAGUGGAAGGAAAGGUGCUGAAGAAGUUUGAGUUUCAAAACAUUUUGUCUUUUGUUUUUGUUAAAUGGUGACCUUCAUAUAUUUUUUCUUUGAGAAAAGCGUGUGAACCAGUGGGUAUUUUUUUCACUAUUCUGAUUCCGCUCUUUAAAGAAAUGGGUGUUCUUUAUACCAGGUUGAGUUUGUUUACUUAGAAAUACCCAUUUUUACCAGCAUUAUUGCCUUCAUCAUCCUUAAUUGUGUGGGUCCAUCAGGCUCUGAGGCCUUUUCCACAUUUAUGAGCAUCACUUUUUCAAUAGCACCCUAAUCGUCAUUUGACAAUACUUCAGCCAACUGUAUGGUUCUAAUCAUUGUCGGUUGAAUAAGCUGCCAGCAGUUUUAAUUAUAAUAUAGUGUUUGCGGACGAAUUUAUAGUAAAUAAAACUUUAAUUUAAAUUAAAAAUCUUGGCCACAAAAAUUAAACAGAUAAUGCAAUGAACGAGCAUCAGUUAUAUUGUAAUUCAAUAUGAUCCAAAAUAUUUAUGAAGUUUCAUUUGGUAUGCUAUAAAAUGUUUAGUAAAUCAAACAAAAAAAGAUUACAUUUGUUGUUCAAGUUAUUUUUACCUUUAAAUAGGCCAUAUGUUAGUUUAAAAUGUAGGUUAUGUCUUUACUCCUCGAAAAGCAAUUAAAACUUUGACUUUCUUAAAAAAUUUUCUCAAUCAAAAGUUAAAUAAAAUUUAUUUCAUCAAAUACUUUAACCUUUUAGUUUAAUUCCUUUUAAAUUUUUUAAAAUAUGUUAUCAAUGUAGGUACAUUUUAAUCACUCUUAUUGGUAAUAAAAAUUAAAGUUUUUCUUAUAAGUGGACCGAAACCACAAAUAUUUUAUCCUAGUUAUUUUUACGUGAUAUAGAUUUUUAGGUUUCGUACAGAGGAAAUAAGUUAUGUUGUACUGUUUGUCAGCUGAAAGUUACAUAAAUAAUUUUUUAAGUAAUAGGUUCAAAUGACUAAACUCCCAAUUUCUACAUAAUUCACAAAGUAAAAAAAGGGUUUAGUAAUAAAAUUCCUUGAUCAAGAUUUUAGUUUUGUUAUAUCAGUUAUAAAUAUAAACUCUUUUAAUAGGUAGUCUAUAAAUUUUUGUGUUAUUGCUUUGUAUUGGAGAAUAUGUGUUUAUGACUUUAAGUAACUGGUGAUGUUUGCAAAUAAAUUUUAAGUUAAUACACACAAAGGAAUAUUAAAAUUUUAAGUUAAAUUGAAAUUACUUAGGUAAAUAAAAACCUGAUUAAUUUAAGUGACACACACAUGCACAUAUUUACAUGCUAAAAGCAGCCUUGGAGUAUUUUUAACUCCCCUAAUGAGGCUAUUUAUAAACAUUUAGAUCUUAAAUUCGCCUAUUUGAAGUCCUGUCUGUGAGUAUGUGUGUGUCACAUAUCAAGUUAAUUUUUUUUUCUACUCAAAGGAUUUCAAUAAAAUUUAUUGCGUGUUUAUCAGGGUCUUGUUUAAAGGCUGUUUAUCACGUUAUAAUGUGAUGAAUACACCAACACUUAACUUUGGCCUUUAAUGACAUAAUCCUCAUUAAUAGCAAAAAUAUGUGAAACACUAAAAUAAAUUAUCAAACACAAAACAAUUCUAAUUUUUAGGUGUCUAUAAAAAAACUGAACACCUAUGAAUGUUUUAGAGGUUAGACGGUUGUCCAAAUUUUGAGGAAACAUUUUAUAUGAACACUUUGUAUGAUAUUUAAUAUUUAAUCAUUUUCAAAUACUGCUUCGGUAAUACGAUUUAUGGUGACUAUUGUUUGACACUUUACUUAAACCUUAAUCAUGGUGGCCACAUGUCCUUGAACCCUUGAUAUUUGGGAAUAACCCUUGAAUUUUGUCUGUUAUUGGAAAAUCUGUGAAUGUGUUUGAAUUUUAGCAUGAUCUGUAGAGAGAAUAAAUAUUAUAUUCAAUCUAAAUUUGGGUCUGAGCCACGCUUUCAUAUUGCAAUAAUCAAGAUGUUGAUACGUGUGCAAUGUAUGUUUCAUUGUUAAAGUAUUAAGACAAAUAUAUGUCCUCAUAUUACUUUGUUCACAACUAUUCUACUGUGAAUAUUUUAAAACAUUUAUAAUCUGUUAAUGUGUUUAUAUAUUGUGUUAAUACCAAAAUGUAGGUACAAAUUUAUCAGACUAUCUUUUUUGUGUAAAUUCCAACAAAAAAUCACAUAAUUUUUUACUUCCUAAACAGCUAUUUAUCUCUUUCUUGUUGGCUAUUGGGCACAAACUCGAUGGCAAUAAUUCACCUAUCUUUCCUUUUUAACUCUUUUUCUGAACAGACACACACUUCAUGCCAACUUACACUGCUCAUCCACCAUAUUCCAUUCUCCUAUUGUUGUCACUACCAGUGAGUUUUUUCCCCCUUUCUAUUCUCUUUACCUCUUCCUUCUAGGCUUCCCCUUUGCAACUUAUUGCCCCAAUUAUUCCCCACCUUCCCACUCCACUCAAUACCGAGUUUAUUUUACUAUCUUCAGAAAAAAUUGGACCAUAAAUCUCAAACACCAAACACCAUGUGUGAAGGGUGAUGCGAAGAAAUCUACAUACCAAAUCUUAAUAUCAUCAUGCAUAUCUUACACUCCUAGUAAAUAAUUUUUAAGCUUUGAAUGAUUUUCAUAACUUUUCUUUCAUUUACUGAAGCUCAAAAUCUCACAAUUUUUAUCCUUAAAAUGUCGUUGAAUUUCUAAAUCACUUAUUUGUGGCCACCCUGUUAAUGUUCUUUUUGGCAAUAAGUCUAAAAUUAUAAAAUGCAACACAAGAUUUGUAAAUAGGUUAAGAUUUGCUAUUUUUUAUUUAUCUUGCUAUCUUUUUCAUUCUUUAUAAAACCAUUAUAAAUUAUCUAGGAUGAGAAAGCAUUGCAACAGUUAAAUUAAAAUUGAUGGAAACAUUUUUUUUAAAUUGUUGUUAAAUACAGACUAUUUAUGCCCGAAAUUACAUUCUUUACAGUAUGUAAAUCUAAAAUUAUCAUUGGAAUAAAAUUUACUGCAAAAAAUUCAAUAUUUUCUAGCAUGUAUUUAGUAUAAGCUAAAAUAUUAAUUAUUAUUUUUGAUCAUUUGCUUUAAUUUGAUAAAAUUAAGCUUCUUCCUUGUGUAAAAUGUAAAUACAUUUUAAUAACUCAAUGAGUGUUUAUAUUUUCUCCAUUUAUUGAAAUUUCUGUAAAUGUAUUUGACAAACACUUAACAAUUAUAUAGCCAAAAGAUGAAAUAA